GAGCAGGCAGCCAUUGGGCGAGCGCGCAGAACCAGUGAGUCCGGCGGCGGCUUAGUAGCUGCAGGCGCCGCCGCCGCCACAUUCAAGAGUCGGGAGCCUCGCGAGCGCCGUAGGCAGAGGCAGCUCCCGCGGCUCCGUCCAUGCUCCGGGCCGCCGUCCCGUCCGCGCAGCGGGCCCCGCGGAGACCACGUGAGGGUGGACCCGCGCUGUGCUCGGCUGCGCCUUCCUCCCGGCGGACCUGCGGCGGAGCGUCCCGAGCGGGCCCCGCUUCAGGGGUGAAGGCGACAGCGACGGCUCUGCGGGCCGGAAGGAAGGUUUUGAGACUGCCCGCCCAGAGCAGCCGGAUAUGAAUGCCUGUUCUCCACAAGCAGCGGGAAUCUCCAUCUCUCCAGGUAUUCCAGCCCCACUAAUCACCAGAGCACCAUGCAAUGUAGGUUUGUGCUCCGAACAGAUCUCCAGGGCUGGGUGUUCAGCAGUGCCAGGCGUCCACUCCGUCCCUGGUCUGUGUCUCUUCCUCCCGCCGAUGCGCUGGGCUGGGGGAAGGGCUCGAGUCCCGCCGGGUCACAGCACUGGUACCUUACCCUGUUCCGUGAGGUCUGCUCUUUUCUCUAGGUGUGUGCAGUCUGCGCAGCCUUCUUUCCUGUUAUUCUUUCAGGCUGAGUUGUAUGAAUUACAUUUUCAUAUUAUAUGUGGUUUUGGGAGGAGGUCUCUGUCUCACCUCUCACCCCGCCGUCUUUAAUCCCUAGGGAGGCUACUCCUCAGGGAUGAGGGGUGGAAGUUGCACAGGGGGCACCCCUGGGAGCAUGCCCUGGGAACCUGCGGCGGCCGGCCACCCCUGCAUCCUCAGAUGCCUCCUCUGGGCACCCAGGGGGCGGUGGUUCCACGCAGCACUGCGCCGUGUCCGUGUCCAUCCCGGGAAUGUCCAGGCCUGGUGAGGACGGCCCCACCUUUUCCUGGAACCGUGUGGCUGCAACUCGGUGGCUGAUGGCACCCAGGCAGCGGGUGGUGUUGACAACACGUGAGGCCACGUGCACAAAUGGUGACACCCUCGGCGUGGUGGGGCAGCUCGCCUCUGUCCAGCGGGCCACGAGCAGAGGGGACGACACAGCACGAAGGAGGCCGGAUUGGCUGCAGCUACGUACGGGUCCUUGAGGAUGCAGCGGCAGCCCGGGGAGCUGCCUGGGUCUGCCGACCGAGGAGGUGCCAGAGCACCUGCCCCAGCAGAGGGGGAGGAUGAGCAGGGGGAGGAAGAGGAGCAGGAAGCAGACUCGGGUCUGGGAGUGCCAGGUGCCACCUGCCCGAAGGGGAAGCUCUCGUCCACAUGCAGCCAGGACACCAGCAGGGCCGCGGGCCCGAUGACAGCAGCUGCAGGGCCACACAGGUGAACAGAAGAGGCAGGUUAUCCCGGGAUCCCCCCGUAAUCCUGCUUCCACCCUGUCCCCACUGCCCUCUGGGCCCCUGGCCCUGCACGGAGGGUCCUGUCAAUCACCAGCAUCCGGGGGGUCCCUGUCUCGGGAAGGCUCCUGGGCGUCACCUACUCACAGAGGAGGAGGCUGGGUCCCAGAGGGGGAGGGGAACCACCCGUCAGUCUGACAGGACUGGUCGGCCGUGGAGCUGGGACCCCAGCCCCACCCGUCUUUAGGACGCCCCCACACCCAACGUGGCCCGUAGCUUCCCUGAGGCUGUGGAGCAGCCCACCCCCUGCCGGUCGCCCCCGCCCGGAGACUCACCUGGCCCUGGCCAGGAAGUUUAAAUCUUGUGGCGCCUGAAGAACUGCAACAGUCCCUUUCUGCCGGCCCUCUGGCCCUCUGGCUCCAGCUGGCAGGACAGGCUGUAGCUGCAGGACAGAGGGACACCUGUGAGCCCCUGGAGCCACACGUCAGGGUCCCUUCUCCCAGAGCCUGCGGGCAGCUGCAGCCCACGCCUGCCUCCUGCCGGCCUCACCUCUGCUCCUCAUCCAGGGGCUCUACGGCCUGGAGAAAGGACUGGAAGCGCUCAUCGGGCUCCAGGUCGUACUGCCUGGCCACGCCCCUUUGAAUCCAGAUCUCGUCUAGGAUGGAAAUGACCUGGGGCAGAGGAAGGACAGGAUGCAGACGAGGAGGGGGGUGAGGAGCGGGGGCACUGGGAUGGUCCCGGAUCUUUGCUCACACGGGAACCCGCCUUCCCUCCAGUGCCAUCCAGCCCUGCCUGUUCCCACUGUUGGGUCUCCAGCUCCUGCUCCAGGAAGGCGGCCUUGAUGCCACCCCCACCCCCCACCUGACAAAGCCUUCAGUGUCCUCAGCUCUGUGUGGCUUAACUCUCUCAAGACACGUUAGACCCAGGGUACGGGGUGGACAAGGUCCUGCCCAGGGGUUCUUGACUCCGUCCCUCACCUUUCAUGGCUGGGCACUCAACUCUUAUUUUAUACCAUCACCCUGGAAGGCAGCAAGGCAGCCAAAGUGCAUGGGAAACAGCCCCCUGAGCCCAGAAUGAGGCCGGAACGUCCCCACCCUUUCUCAAGGUGGAGGACCUCCAGGGCCCUCCAAGGGGCAGGCCUGCCCAGAAACAGCACCCGGACCUGGCCCGGGAUCGGGGCUACCGAGAGGCGGGGAGGGGACUGGGGAGCUGAGGCCAAGCUUCCCACGCAGCUCUCUGUGAUGGCAGACAGGGAGACGGGGCCUCAGGCGGGAAGGCACUGCCAGCCCCCUGAUGUGCUUCCUGCCCUGAAGGAGCAAUAUGCCUCCCCCUGGGCAGGGCCUGAGGGGGAGGCCAGUCCUGCCCAGAUGCUGCCCCUCUCGCCCUCAGCCCCGCCUUCCCUGGGGCCAGGACCGGGGCUUAAGUGGGUCUUCUCCUAUGGGUCCAGCUCCUGGGGUGGAGGGGAGACUCUCAGAAGUAGUGGUGGCCAGAUGCUGAGAGGUGCGGGCUCACUGGGGCUCUCUCCUCCCCAAAGCUCACCAUCCUGCCCCCCUGUGCCCCGCUGGGCUCACUUACUUCAUCGUUAUGUUCCGGGAGUUGGUCCAUGGGCACGUCAUCGAGAAUAUAUCCCAGGAAGGGGACCAUGCCCUGUGCCACGGGGGUGGGGAGGUGAUGAGUCCCCGCCUACCUCAGGGGCGCCCACAGAGCUCCUCCUGAACCCCACACCCGCAGCCCCCAGCUCCCUUGGACCACCCUGUGCUGCCUCCCUCCCCUUCUCCCUUCACCCUGCGCUCCUCUCCCGGUCCCUCCCAGGGCUGGCUUUUGGCCAAUCCCAGGACCUGUGGUCCCUGCACCUGUCCUCCAACUUCUCCCCGUACCCAGCUGCUAUCGCCCUCCUGGUCACCCCAGUGCUGGCAGCUCAGGGCUCGUGGCACCAGGCCACACCACUCUCACCUGAUUCUCCUGGUAGUCGGGUGUCCUCUGGUCCCCCUGCCAUCGCGUCAACAGGUACUUCGCCUCCUGCAAGGUCGGGGACACUCAGGUGCUCGUGCUCCCCUCCCACGCGGCCUCCCACAACCAGACCUUGGUUGAUGGAUGCCUUGCGCGAGUCCCCUGGCACCUAUGCUGUCCCCACCUCCAGCAGGCUCUCAGCCUAGAGCGACCCCAGCUCCGGCACACACUCAUCCUCUCUUGUGUCCUUGGGCCGCGGCCAGCCGCCCCGAGAGGCUUCCUCACCUGCAGAGUGUCAGGGGAAGUCCCUGCCUCCCAGGGUGCCCUGAGCACCCACUGUCACCUGGCUAUCACCACCGCUCCCCUCACACGACAAGGUGGGAUGGGCAGAAAGCUGAAGCCCGUCUUGUGCUCCCUGGACCCUGCUCACCUGGCAGGCCCGCACCCCAGGGUAACGGUCUGAGGGGACCCAGGG